AUGGGUCUCAUUGAGAAGAUGCAAGCUCGCCUCGAGCUCUACCGCCUCGAACAGCGUUACACACGUCGCGAGAAGCGCACGACCUUUAUCAGCGAAGCGCAAUACGUUGACGGCGAGUACGUCUAUGCCUCGGCUCCUUCCUCGGCAAACUCGUCCACCACCUCAAGUAGCAAGCGCUUCAGCAAGAUGCCUUCCACUAUACGGAUAAAGGAACUGAGCCGUAUGGGAACUGGACGGUCAUAG